UAAGAAACCAAACAAACUUAGGUUCUUUCCUUGCCUUUUUCAUUGCUCAAUCAACAAAACAACCCAAAACAAGAUAAACCAACAAGUCCAAUUUCAAAAGCCAUCACCAAGAAUAGACUAAUAAAGAUUGAAAAACAUCAUUUUUUUUUCAUUUUUUUGCAAAAUGAUAACAAAUUUUGGCAACACAAAGUCACCUUGGAGAAGAUCAAAAUCAAGAAUCAAGCAGGUAUCUCCCUCUGAUUAUGCAGCAACCCCUCAACAUCCAUCUUCACUUGAAGUAUCCGAAUUGUCGUCUCAUUGUAUGAAGGCAACAAGUUGUUCUAAAGGGAAAACUCCUGAUCAUAGUCCAUCUAGUAGAAAAUCGUCGAGUUCUAAGUCAACUUGUUCAUCCACUCUCAAGGAUUCAAAGUUCCCUCAACAAGUUGAACUUCAUCCUGGACUAAAUGAAUCAGACAGGAUCUCAAAAGUGAAAGUUUGUUCAUACCAUCAUUGUUCACUCAAUAAACACUCUGAUGAUGAUCCGUCUCCACCAGUAAAACGCGUAUAUAGAAGAAGAAGACUGUUAAAACCACAGAAAAGUAUUAGACUAGAAAGUGAGUCAACAAAUGCAGAUCACUUUUCUAUUGAGAAAAGCAACCUUAUACAAGAUGUUGGAGUUUUCGGAGUAAAUGAGCCUAUUGUUGAGAGUGUGUAUGGUGAAGAGAGAAGUUAUCAAGAGACGAUCGAUGUAAUGAGGAAAUAUUCUACACAAGAGCAGGAUACACUGGUUAGUUCUGAUGUAGAAUCAAAUGAUCAGAGUGUAACAACAUCAGUUUUCCGCGAUAUAGAGGACAUAGAAGCUGAUUUCUGUCAUACGGUUCUGAUAAAGCCGGUUGACAAUGUUGUUACCACGGUUGUGGAGGUUGAGGAUAUCAACAGAGAACUGCAUAAGAAUGAAACAUCGUUGAUAUAUGAUCUCGUUGAAGCAAAAUGUCGCACUGAGGUUUCCUCUGCUUUAGCUAGCAACGAUACAAUGGAACUCGUAGACAAUUUGCAAGAGACGGAUGACAAAGCUAAUCCAACUGAAGAUGUUGAUCCCAAUGCCUCGUCCAAGAAGUUGCACGUAGCCCAGCUUCCGAAAGAGAAGCACAGGAGCAUGAUUCAUAGACAUAUGAUAUCGGAGGAAUCUACAGAAUUGGACAGCAAAGUGAUCCGUGGAACUGAUGAAGAUAAUCACAAGGAUGGGAGCAACAAGUCUUGUGCAGCAGAAAGCUCUAAUUCAUUUUUGAGUUGUUCCGAAAGAGAGUCAAUGACUACAAAUCAGGAUGCAAAUAACCAAGAGAUUGAAGCGCGUAAGCUUUUAGCAGUUAAGCUAGUACGAGAAGCAAUCGAGAGAAUUCUUCUUGCAGAAGUUCAAGAUCACUCAUCAGAUGAUCAAUUAGUAACAAGUGAAGUGUGUAACGAAAAGAACUCCAACGAGUCAGACACCAAGAAUGAGGAAUGUGAUAAGACAGAUGAGGGAAUUGUAAUCAGAGAAAACAUUAACAGCCCUCAUGAGAUACAGGAAAACGAAGAACGAGUCAUGAACAAAGCUGAGAAGAAAGCACCAACGCACUGGAGCAAUCUUAAAAGAUGGAUUAUUCUCCAACGAUUCAUCAAAGAAUUGGAAAAGUUGAGAAAAUUCAAUCCAAGGAAGCCACGGUAUCUGCAGCUGGAGCCUGAUCCUGAAGCAGAAAAGGUUAAUCUGAAACAUCAGAUGGAGGAUGAGAGAAAAAGUGCAGAAGAAUGGAUGCUUGACUAUGCUCUACAGAAGGCGAUAAGUCAGCUUGCUCCGACUCAGAAAAGAAAAGUAGGACUACUUGUAACAGCUUUCGAAAAUGUGGUUUCUCCCCGAGGCAGUAAUAUCCAGGUUACAUUUCCUAAAUUGAAAACUAAAAAUGAAGACAAUUUGCAGACUGCAGGCAAGGGAAAGGCAUCAGUCUCCAAUGCAGAUAAUGUUCAUAAACACGUAGACAAAAGGAAUGCAGAAGAUGACAGUUCGAUGUUAAAAAAUGAUGAUACUCAAAACGCCAUUGUUCUCAGCCAGAAGCUGGAUGAAGUAGCAAGCACUUCGAGUGACAAGGGAUCGGUUGAAAUAGAGAAGUUUGGUGAUUCAAAUGAUGAUUCUCUAAGAGGAACAUCUUCUACUAUCUCAAACUUAGGCAACGACGGUGAUGAAACACAGGAAAAUAACAUGAAUCUCUCUGAAUGUGAGGCCAUGGAGAGUAGUACUGUAUCCAGUGAUGAGAACGAAAAGAUAACAGAAGAUGAAGGCGAAACAUACAGAAAACAGGUGAACAAACAGAAGCACAUCAGCAUGUGGCAUUUGAUAUCGCAGCACAUACUUUCAGAUGUUGUAUCAAAAAUAGGGAAUGAACAACUCGAUGAGGUAAACGACAACAAAACACUAGCUGAAACGAAUAUGGACAACUCUCUUCACGAUUUCUCUGAAGAAAAAGAUGAUAUGAGCCACAAUGGCAGAAGUUUCAGCAGAAAUGAUGCUGUCAAUCUCAUAAAAGAAGCUGUUAGUCAGAUCCCAACAACGCCAAUUCAAAAUGAUUCAUCCAAUACACGGAGUGUCACUAGUGACAUACUUCCAGAUGAGGAGCCACCAAAAACUGAUCAUACAGAUUGCGGAGAGCAAAAUAGUACAAAUUCACUCAACGAAAGCUUGAGACAUCGUGACAGUCCAUUAGAAACAACGGAACUUGUUGCUAAUAAUCCUAUCACCAAGAGUAAAUUUGAGCCACCAAAGUCCAAGAGCUGGAGCAAGCUGAAGAAAUUGAUCCUCCUUAAGAGAUCAAUAAAGGUAUUGGAAAGAGCUCGAAAAGUCAAUCCACAACCCCCUCAACUUUUGCCCCCUACACCUGAUCAAGAACAAGAAAAAGUGGAUUUGAGGAACCAAAUGUCAAAUGAGAGGGAACAAUGGAUGCUCGAUAAUGCAGUGCAGCGCAUGGUCAGUAAGCUAACUCCUGCACGGAAAACAAGAGUGGCGAUGCUUGUGGAAGCUUUCGAAGCAGUUGUUCCACUCCCAGAAGUAUGAAUUCAACUGGAGUGGACUAAACUUAGUCAAGAAAAUUCCUUGAGAACCUUUUUACGCGAAUUGUGAAGGUAAGCAAAUUAACUUCCUACACUUCCUAGAAAUAGCUAAAGGUAACUCAACGAAAAUCCUUCAUAAAGGAACUCUUUUGCUUUCCCUUUUCAUUCUGUUCCUUGAAUAAGAGCUUGGAGGGGUAACAUUUGAGGGAUCGAAACGAGCUUAUGCACUCGUUUGAUUCUUCUACUUCACAGUGAGGACGCUGACAAGAGUUUGCACCUAUCAUUAGAGGCUAACUGAGGAUGAAAGAACAGUCUCUUUAUCAUGAUAUGUGAUAAAAAAAUCGACUAUUGUACAGAUAAAUAAGAAGUAAAUUCGGAAGCUUGAUCAUUGCUUCAGCACAUAAAUAAUAAAACAACCAUAUGAUUUUUGUUUUUGGAUUGAUGAAUGGAAGAAACUUUGACUCAUGAGUAUAUGAAUCAAUGAAAA